AUGGCGGCAUUGGGGGAAGAUCUGUUGGGUACCGUCAACAAGUUGCAAGACUUAGUCUUCAACACCAUUGGGAAUGACUCGCUCGAUCUGCCGCAGAUUGUAGUAGUUGGCUCCCAGUCUUCCGGGAAAUCGUCUGUCCUUGAGAACAUAGUCGGGAGGGAUUUUCUACCCAGGGGCAGCGGGAUUGUGACCCGAAGGCCAUUGAUCUUGCAACUUAUCAACAUCCCUAGUGAGCGGCACGACAGGCCCGAGAGCGACGAGGUUCACAUCCCGCAUACAGCUGCUAGCGUCGCAGGACAACAUGAAUGGGCAGAGUUCCAUCACCUUCCAGGGCGCAAAUUUGACGACUUUGCGCUCGUCAAGCAAGAAAUUGAGGCUGAGACGGCCAGGAUAGCUGGCAGCAACAAAGGCAUCAACCGACAGCCGAUCAACCUGAAGAUUUUCUCACCGCACGUGCUCAACCUCACCAUGGUCGAUCUACCGGGUCUCACCAAAGUACCAAUUGGGGAUCAGCCGUCCGAUAUCGAAAAGCAAACUCGCGCGCUGAUCCUAGAAUACAUCGCGAAGCCGAACAGUAUCAUCCUCGCCGUUUCACCGGCGAACGUUGAUCUGGUCAACUCUGAAGCCCUCAAACUUGCUCGCCAGGUGGACCCUAUGGGUCGAAGGACAAUUGGUGUCCUGACAAAACUGGAUCUCAUGGAUCACGGAACCAAUGCCAUGGACAUCUUAUCUGGCCGCGUAUACCCGCUAAAGCUCGGUUUCAUUGGCGUGGUCAACAGAUCGCAACAAGACAUCCAGUCUGGUAAGUCCUUGUCGGAUGCGCUACAGGCCGAACUUGACUUCUUUCGACACCACCCGGCCUAUCGGAACAUGGCGAAUCGAUGUGGUACGCAGUUUCUUGCCAAAACGCUCAACACGACGUUAAUGUCCCACAUAAGGGAUCGUCUACCGGAUAUCAAGGCUCGUCUCAACACACUCAUGGGUCAAACACAGCAGGAACUCGCUAGUUAUGGCAACAAGCAGUUCAGUGGGAAAGAACACAGAGGAUCCCUUAUCUUACAACUUAUGACGCGAUUCGCCUCUUCGUUUAUAUCUUCUAUUGAUGGAACUUCGUCGGAAAUCUCUACCAAAGAGUUGUGUGGAGGAGCUAGGAUAUACUAUAUAUUCAACUCUGUCUUUGGCAACUCUCUCGAGACCGUUGACCCGACCCAGAACCUUUCAGUGUCGGAUAUCAGGACAGCUAUUCGAAACUCAACUGGGCCACGCCCAAGCCUUUUCGUUCCCGAACUUGCUUUUGAUCUUCUCGUCAAACCUCAGAUAAAGCUGCUUGAACCUCCCAGCCAAAGAUGUGUCGAACUUGUGUAUGAAGAACUCAUCAAAAUAUGCCACACUUGCGGCUCGCAGGAACUUUUGCGGUUUCCACGUCUCCAGGCAAAACUCAUCGAAGUUGUCUCUGAUCUGCUCCGCGAGAGGUUGGGCCCUUGUUCUACCUAUGUGGAAUCAUUGAUUUCUAUCCAAAGGGCUUAUAUUAACACAAAUCACCCGAAUUUCCUUGGUGCAGCAGCGGCAAUGUCGUCCAUCAUCCAAAGCAAACAGGAGCAAGAACGAAAGACCGCCCUAGCGGAGGACCGGCGCAAGCGAGAGAAGAGGCGGUUGAGAGAUAUCCCCAAUGUCAACACCUACGCGGAAGAUGAGGAGGAUCAUUCGGAGGCCAAACUCCCCAUCAGAACGCAAUCUAGCAAAGGGGGUGCUAGGAGUAUGUCUCCCAACGUUGCCAAGGCUCAGGAGAGUGGGAUUGCCGCAACCCUGAAUGGCGCACACACGAAUCAUCACACUGCCUUUGGGGGUGGUGCAAAUACCGCGCGAGAUUCGUUCUUGAACUACUUUUUUGGCAAAGAUGGUGUCCAGCCAUCGGCAUCGGCCUCGGCGACCCUGGCGCAGGGACAGUCAGUUCAAGUCAGGCAGCCGGCCCAUGAGGUCAAUGUUAGCCGCCGCACGGAGGUUCUUUCCCCAGUAUCAAAUUCAGAGGAAUACUCGGCGGUCUCUGAUUAUAAUGAUGUGAACUCUCUGUUGAAAGAUGAUUCCGAGCCAGCCAUUUCUGAUCGAGAGCUCAUGGAAACGGAAUUGAUCCGUCGGUUGAUCUCGUCAUAUUUUGCCAUUGUUAGAGAGACGAUCGCCGACCAGGUUCCUAAAGCAAUCAUGCACCUUCUCGUCAACCACAGUAAAGAAGUUGUGCAGAAUCGGCUUGUUAGUGAGCUCUACAAGGAAGAGUUUUUCGCAGAGCUGCUCUACGAGGACGAUGGCAUCAAAGCCGAGAGAGAAAAGUGCGAAAGGUUGCUGGAGACCUACAAGGCAGCGGCCAAGAUUGUAGGUGAGGUUCUGUAG